GGGCAGGGGCGGGGCGCUUGGCUCUGGAUCGCAGGUGCAGGCAAGUUCCGGGCAUGCCUAAGCUGUCCCCGCAGAGACCUGCAGGAAGCUCGCGGCGGAGGACCCAGAGGGAGGCCUGCGGUGGCUCCAGCCCCGACUCCGGCCCCGACCGCAGCAGAAGUGCACGAGGUCUACGGUCAUCAGGGUCACAACCAGUAGGUUGUAGAGGCCCAACACUAGGAGCGGGCCUGGGCCCCUGCGGGAGAGAAAAAGUAUCUGGAUCCCGGCCCCGGCCGCGCUCUCGCUGCUGCGCAAUGUGGAGGGUACAGAACCCCUGGGAGUCCGGAGAAAGCUCAGGACUCCCUCCCCAAAUAAGUGUAGUCUUACAUACACACAUUUGCAUACGAAUUUAGGAGCUCAUCCUAGAACCACCUAUGGGCAGAUUCAGGAUGGCUCCCCAUUACCAGCUUGCACAGCCCCCUGAACUUCUCCUUUGUAAUUGUAAUCAUGAUCUACAUGAUUUUCUGUUGCGGUCUGUCUCUUCGCUAGUCUGUAAGUUACAAGCCUCCCACCCCAUAAUUUAGGAACAGAGCCCCAGAUACUGGAACACCCUGUCGAUGUUCCAGUGGCUCCGAGGUUGGAGAUCUCACCUGAGGAUGGGCGGGGGCGGAAGAGCGGACAGAUUGACUUGGUACAGGGCCUCAAAUUCAGCCGGGGUGCAGCAGGAGCCCCCUGCAGCCUGCAGGUGGCAGCAGUAGGCUUCCUCUGAAGAAUCAGAGAGACGAGGGCAAAAGAAACCAGGAUAGUGGCGGCCAUCGACAUCCCGAGCGGUCUGGCACAAGUGAGGGUGGUGGACCAGAGCUGAAGAGAGAGGUGGGGGGCUAGAGACAAGCAGGAGGGAUCUUUCCACAGCUCACUCCACCCCUACUGGAGAGUAAAAGAGAUCAGCCCCUACCAGACGAAAAGACACCCUUCCACCCAUCCCCAUCAGUUCCAGUUCCCAGGAAUAGCCCAUAGCACCAGAGGCAGGUGGGCCGCAGGGGUAAGUGCUGUACCUGAGAGAGAGGUUGGCCGGACAAGGGUGACCCAGCUGAAGAGCAGCAGUAGACCCACGGAUAGGCCUGUCAGCAAGGGGCCUGACCUUCUCUGGAUGCCCAUGAGAGUUCACCACCACCCCUGUCCUGGUCCUGGGAACCCCAACAUCUCUCUUUCUAGGCCAUGACUGCAGACAAUAAGGAAAUAAAAAUCAAAGCCCCAAGGCCCUCGGGCACCAUUAAUAUGAGCCUGAAGCUUCUCUAUCACAGGCUCUUAGAGAGAGAUGACAGGGACUGGGUUUCCAUCUCCUGUUGGAAAACAUGGGGCCUGCAUUGCCAAACUGCUGAGGGAGAGAAGGCUCAAAGGCCUAGAGGACACAAUGAGGGAUGAGAGAGCAGCUGAGCCAUUAGUAUGAAGAACAAACAAGCAUUUAGAGCCAAAUAUGUUUCUACCCAUUCUCCAACUUCCAGGCUGCCAUGGAAGCUCUGGGAAUUCUGACCCUCCUAUUUCAGGUCCCAGAGACCUCAGUUCCAGCAUGUGGGGCUUCCCUCCCUAACCUCUGCUACAUGGCAACCACCAAGACUAGCUGAAAACCAAGGGUGACUCCUUUCAUUAGCUUUUCCCCUGAGCCUUAUCUGCCCCAGCUACCAGCCAGAACACAAAAGCUACCUGUCUGAUUAGAGUAUACUUAGCUAAUAGGGAACCCCCCCUCACAGAGAAGUUCUAUAGGGAUCACCAGGUUUCUCUUACCCCUCAGCUGCCCUAAGGCAGGGAAUUUCUCCAGAAGGCCACCAGCCAGCAGAAUUAAGUGUUAUUCUAGUGCCUACCCAGGCCUGACAACAUCAUGCUCCCAGGACAGCAAUGACAACACUCAUCACCCCAGGGGCCCACAGAAGAUGCCUAGAGACUGACAUAGGAGCUCUCAUGGCAUAAGAAGACAGUGCAAAUUUCAUCUGCAACACUGAGGACAAAGGCAGUUCCUGCAGAAACGUCACAGCUACCUGGGAGCCUAAGUCUGAAGCAAUUAGGCAGGGCUCCCAGUGAAUGCUCUGAUUUUUCAGACUGUGGGCUCCCAGAGAGCCAGGCUUAUGUUCUUGCACCCCCAACAGAGCACACUGAGCUGGGGGCUGCGAUGCUGAAGGCAGCUGUCCACAUCACUUGCUCUCUGCGCCUGGCAUGUCAGCUCCAGAGGAAUUCAUCUGGGGCAGGCCCAACUCGGCCCGCUGAAUUAGCCUCCACGAUCCCCGGGCCUCCCCGGCGCCAGGGGGCGCUGUAAAUGCUCCGUCCGGGCCCCCGCGGCCGCAGUCGCCCGCCCCAUCCGCGCGAUGGGCUCCGAGGCGGCGCAGCUGCUGGAGGCUGCCGACUUCGCGGCUCGCAAGCACCGGCAGCAGCGGCGGAAAGACCCCGAAGGGACCCCCUACAUCAACCACCCCAUCGGUGUGGCACGGAUCCUGACCCACGAGGCGGGAAUCACUGACAUUGUGGUGUUACAGGCGGCCCUGCUCCAUGACACGGUGGAGGACACGGACACCACCCUGGAUGAGGUGGAGCUACACUUUGGGGCACAAGUGCGGCGCCUGGUGGAGGAGGUAACAGAUGACAAGACUCUGCCCAAGCUGGAGAGAAAGAGGCUGCAGGUGGAGCAAGCGCCCCACAGUAGCCCCGGGGCCAAACUGGUGAAGCUGGCAGACAAGCUGUACAAUCUGAGGGACCUGAAUCGCUGCACCCCAGAGGGAUGGUCAGAACAUCGAGUCCAGGAAUACUUCGAGUGGGCAGCGCAGGUGGUGAAGGGGCUUCAGGGAACAAACCGGCAACUGGAAGAGGCUCUAAAGCAUCUGUUCAAGGAGCGGGGGCUGACACUCUGAUCAGUGCUUGAAGCUAUCCAGAGGCACAACUCCAGCCUCGUUCGGGCCGGAGAGGAUUCACACGCCAUCUUUUCUGUGCCUCCAGAGCUCCCUCCAUCCUUCCCAGAUAUUAGAGGUCAAAAAAAGACUUGCGUUUUUUCUCAAUCUGAAGGUCUCCUGCUAACUAAGCUGAGCCCCGCGUGUGGGAAUCAGAUGUACCCAUCCAUUUCUGAUGCACUCACUGCCUCUCCCCAAGUCUUGGGUCUGUUUGCUAUUUUGCAUGGUGGGAUCUCUGGCCCCUCAGGGACUUGAGAUUAUAUAAGUACUAGUUCCUAAGACGUUAUGGAAAAUAAAAAUAACUGUGGGUUAAGGUUUAA